AUGGGGGACAGCUGGGUGCUCCAAGAUCCAGGUGCUCCCACGCUGCCCCUCAAUACCAGGCGAGCAUUCCCUGAGGGCAGCCCUGACUGUGACCCUUGGGGCUCUGGGAUCAGCCCUCACAUCCCUUACAAAAGACAAGAACUCGUCAGGCGCCAGGACAUCCACACUGGGGAGAGGUCCUAUGAGUGUCCCCAGUGUGGGAAGAGGUUUCAGACCAGCUCCAAUCUCCACCUUCAUGAGCGAAUUCACACUGGAGAGAGGCCCUUCUGCUGCCCUGACUGCGGGAAGGGCUUCAAGCACAACUUCACCCUCAUCACCCACCAGCGCACCCACACUGGGGAGAGGCCCUACGAGUGUCCCCAGUGUGGACAGAGCUUCAGCCAGAGCUCGGAGCUGGUGGUCCAUGGGCAGCUUCAUGAUGGGGAGAAGCCCUACAAGUGUUUGGAGUGUGGGAAGAGCUUCAGGCAGAGCAGCGCCCUGAUCCGCCACCAGAUGAUCCACACUGGGGAAUGGGCCUAUGAGUGUGGAGAGUGUGGGAAGGGAUUCAGCUGCAGGUCCCAAUUCAUCAUCCACCAGCGCAUCCACACUGGGGAGAGGCCCUACGAGUGUCCCCAGUGUCAGAAGAGGUUUCAGAGCAGCUCCAGUCUCCUCCGGCAUAAGCGGAUUCACACGGAUGAGAGGCCCUUCCUCUGCCCCGAGUGCAGGAAGGGCUUCAAGCGCAACUCCUCCCUCAUCAGGCACUGGCGCAUCCACACUGGGGAGAGGCCCUAUGAGUGCCCUGAGUGUGGGAAGGGCUUCAACUGCAGCUCAGAACUCAUCAGGCACCAAUGCAUCCACACCGAGGAGAGGCCCUUCCGCUGUCCUGACUGCGGGAUGGGCUUCAAGCACAAUUCCGAACUCAUCAGGCACCGGCGCAUCCACACUGGGGAGAGGCCCUACAAGUGCCCCCAGUGUGGAAAGAGGUUUCGGACCAGCUCCAGUCUCCACCUGCAUGAGCGCAUUCACACGGAUGAGAGGCCCUUCCGCUGCCCAGACUGUGGAAAGGGCUUCAACCGCAACUCCAACCUCAUCACCCACCAGCGCAUCCACACUGGGGAGAGGCCCUACGAGUGUCCCCAGUGUGGGAAGAGCUUCACCCAGAGCUGUGCCUUGACCAAACACCAACGGAGGCACCGGUAA